GGUCGUUGGUGGAUCAUGGCUAACACGAGACUCCUCCUCCUCACGUUCUCGUGUCUCAUCCUCGCAGCAUCCUGCGGGGCGGGCUACGCCCCCUACGGGGCACCGUAUCACGGCCCACCGGCGCCGUUGGCUCACGACGGGAGAGUGAUCGACACACCGGAAGUGGCUCACGCCAAAGCGGUCCACCUGGCUACUCACGCGGCGGAAGCCGCCAAGGCAUCUCCCUCGACCGGUUACGACGAUUACGACGGGAAAUACGAAGGGAACGGCGUUUACGUGGCCGGUCAGAGCUUGUACUACGGACCCCCGGCACCGUUGGCCCACGAUGGGAGAGUGGUCGACACACCGGAAGUAGCGCACGCCAAGGCCGCGCACCUGGCGGCCCACGCGGAACAGAUUUCGAAAAUAGCCCCAUACCAGAAGGCACAUUGGUGAA